AUGACAUCCAAACUGGAAUUCAAACGCGUAGAGCGAACGGAUACGACACAUUUUGUUUGCGUCGCGUCGAACAAGUACGGGACAGACAGAUCAGAAAUCCUGCUGGUAGUUCAAGAGCCGCCAGACACUCCACUGAACUUCCACGUUUCCAACUACAGCAGCCGCAGUGUGCGUCUGAGCUGGGAACAGCCGUACGAUGGGAACAGCCGCAUAACGCACUACGUGGUCCAGUACAAGAACGCUUCAGUUACAUGGCAUUGGAAUGUUGCCCAGGUGCUGGUGCAAGCAGGCCAGCAAAACGUGUCCGUGGCGGGCCUUCUGCCCGCCCGAGUUUACCAGUUCAGGGCCCUCGCUAGCAACUCCGUGGGAACGUCCAAUGCGACCAGAGCGCUCUCGGUCACCACAAUGGAGGAACCGCCUGAAUCCCCACCCAGGGAUGUCAAAGCUAGGACGAAAAGUUCAGAGAGUCUUUUUGUUACGUGGAAGCCACCAGAAGAGAAAUUUCAAAAUGGAGAAAUUCUGGGAUACUACAUUGGCUACAGAAGGACUAACUCUUCUGACGCAUUCCAUUACAAGACGUUCGAAGUAAUUCCAGGAAUGCCGCUACAAGGCCUGCUCACCAACCUGCAGAAGUUUACAGAGUACACAGUUUUGAUACAGGCGUACAAUAAGGCUGGAGCAGGUCCCAAGAGCCCAGAAAUUACCGCCAUGACAGAUGAAGACGUUCCUGGAGCGCCUCCAGAAGACGUUAAGUGUAAGCCUUUGUCUUCUCGCGCCCUGUUUGUUCAGUGGUCCUCUCCCACUGCUCAGAUCAAUGGAGUGCUGCAGGGUUACAGGGUCUUGUACCGAGCUCUGUCCGACUGGGAAGAGCCUUCGGCCCCCGCAGAGCGCGUGACGCAAGAGGAGCGGCUGGAGGUGCGCGACCUGCAGAGCUUCCGCAACUACAGCCUGGAGGUGCGCGCCUUCACCAGGAAGGGCGACGGCGUCCCCAGCCAGCCCGUCUUCUGCACCACUCUGGAGGACGUUCCAGGAGAACCAGCUGACAUCAAAGCGCUUGUUAUGGAUUCACAAACGAUCCUGAUUUCAUGGAGGCCACCAAAAUAUCCCAAUGGAAGACUGACAAAGUACAAAGUCUACAUUAGAUCGCUCGAUGGAUUUGGUUUGACGCGGGACCGGUUCGACAUCCCGGCGGGCCAGACGUGGUAUCGCGUGUCGCACCUGGCGGAGCAGCGCCGCUACGAGCUGUGGGUGUCGGCGGCCACGGCGGCCGGCGAGGGCGCCCCCUCGCGCCGCGUGCAGCAGGCGCCGUCUGGCCGCGCGCCCGCCAGGAUCGCCUCCUUCAGCCGACAGAUGGCAGCACCGCCGCGCGCCCAGCUCUCUCUGCCCUGCCUCGCCGUGGGGCAGCCGCCGCCCGUGCGCCGCUGGACCAAGGAAGAUAAUCGUAUGUUUGUUAAUGUACCAGAUGUCUUAGUCUUCAAACUGCCCCGCAGCGGAAGUGCUGUGGAGACCAGCAGCCGGGUGCGGAUCAACGAGGAGUGGCAGCUGACCAUCAGCCCCACACGGAGCUCCGACAGCGGCGAGUACUCGUGUGAGGCCGAGAACGUCUUCGGGAGUGACCGCGUCGUCUACUCGGUAACCGUACGAGAAGCGUGGAACAGUGGAGUGCCGGCGGCUCCACUGGACCUGCGGGCCACACCAGCCGGCUACGACAGCAUUCUGCUGCAGUGGCGACUCCCUGAGGAGGCCCGCCGUACCGUCCAAGGACAUUACCUGUUCUAUAAGAAGGAGUUUGGAGAGUGGGAGCAGGUGAGACUGGCGGCAGAGGACAGGAACUGGACCCUGGGCGAGCUGCAGUGUGGCACCAGGUACCAACUGUACCUGCAGGCGUUCAACCAGGAGGGUCGCGGGGCUGCCACCCCCACCGCUACCGUACGGACUCUGGGAACAGCUCCUGUCGCCCCCACGGAUUCGAAACUGAUACGCAUCAACUCGACGUCGAUAUCGCUGAACCUGCGCUCGUGGGAGGACGGCGGGUGCCCCAUCACGUCCGUGGUGGUGGAGUACAAGGCGCGGCGCGAGCCGGCGUGGACGCUGGUGUCGAACAACGCGCAGGUGGCGCCCAGCGGCGGGGGCGGAGACCUGCCCGUGCUGGACCUGAGCGCCGGCACCGCCUACCUGCUGCGCGUCACGGCGCACAACAGCGCCGGCUCCACCGUCGCCACCUACGCGUUCGCCACGCUCACUCACGCCGGCGCUACUGUAUCACCAGAGUUGAUGGUGCAUUCCGAGUACAGCAACAGGGACCUGUACACAGGGAUCAACGUCAUUGUACCUAUCGUCACCGGAGUCUCAUUCCUAGUCAUCCUGGCAGCGGGCCUCUUGCUCUACCUGCGAAAAAUCUCAGGAAGGCUUUCACAGGAUAAGUACGAAGAGAAGCCAGUAGACUCCUGUGCUCCGGCAGACCUCGAGGGGAAGGGGGCGCAGCAGGCGCACCUCAUCGUUGAGGAGGGGGCAGCGUCCGCCUCAACCCAAGGAGGUGCGAUGGAAGUCACGUGCCGAAAGAUACAAGAACCACGGAGAUACGGCGAUAAGUCGGAGUGGAUUCCGCUGAGGAACCUGUACCUCACCCACAGGUACUGA